CUGCGGGGCUUGUGCUGGAUAUCGGAUAGGGGUUUGGUGCGGUCUAUAGCGCAGCGGUGAGGUUAGCUAAAGGUUAAAAGCCCAGCAUGUCCCCCAUGUACUGGUGAACAUCCACGUGGAAAUAUGGCGGUGCACCACCCUGCUGGUAGACUACACUUGGCAGAUCUUUCUCUAUCUGUGGCAUAAAAGGGGCGCGUUUACUUUGUGCUACAUUGUCCUAUCUGUGGAUAGGGGGAUGAUAGAUGUGGUCCUCUGAAACCCCAAGAAUGGAUCAUCCAAAUCUAGAGUGUGAGCUGGCCAUUAGCUCAGCUGAAGGCAAUGAGGAGUAUCCUGACGGCCAGGAGCUCAUCACUGAUUCAGAACAUAGACCAGAAAGUGGGAACUUCCCCACCACAAAUGAGACCUGCUCCAGUGAUGACAGCUUGUUCCAGGAUCCAAGAACAUAUUCACCCACUAGGACUAGAAGAAUACGAAGCGAUAAGGAACAGACAUCCAGUUUCAUGAACAUUACUUCAGAUGACUCUUCCGACUAUUUACCCAUGGGCCAAAAAAUUGCAGAUUAUUUAAAAAAGCCUAGUCGUAAGUGGAGGAAGAUUAAAAAAAAGCGAAAAAGAGUAAAGAAGUACUUCACCACAAGCAAAGGAUCACUAAAAGGAUUUACUAAAAGAAAAUUUUAUUCCAUUUCCUCGGAGGAGAGAAGGCGCCGACUGAUUGACCAAGGAAUACAAUUUCACUUUACACCAUUGAAGCAUCUGCCGUUCAAGUUGUAUUUUGAAUAUGAGCAAUUUGUUUUGGGUGGAUUUCUGAACCAUAUAAAAAAUCUCAAAUAUGAACGCAGCCUGAAAGAGUCUCUAAAGGACAUGAAAAUGGAUGAAGAUUUGGAGAAUGAAAACUUUCAAAUGAGGAAAUACUCUUAUUUGGAUGAAGAUGGUCCUUUAUCACCCAUUUCAGAGCCUGGGGAAAACCUCAAUGAAGAUGAAGCAGAGGAAGAAGUCGAAGUUGUGGAGACCAGUGCAUUCAUUCUGGACCGCCAAGUGCCCAGCAAGGAAGAUUGGCAAAUAAAGAAGAAAAAGAAAAAAAAGAAAUAAUUAUGUAAUAAAACUUCACGUGAACUCUUAUCACUGUGAAAUUCUGAACAGUAGCUAUGUUUUUCGAUACAAUCAAUAUAUAUUUUUUUGUAAACAUUUAUUAAAUUAAUUAAUAAAUAGCUGCUUUGUAUAUGGUUUAAAAAAUGCAGUGGAUUCCUUUUGUAAUGUAGUAUUUUUUUCUGUUAACAUUAUAAUG